AUGGCAGUGACGGGAACUAAGAUAACUUGGCGAGAAAGCUUCCGAAGGCACUAUGAGUACUUUGCUGAUGCCGGAUUUGAUCUCCCCUUUGCCCUCCUCGCUUUGAUUGGAGAGUUGUUACUUGGAUUCCUUAUCAUUGUCAAGGUUAAAUACACAGAGAUUGAUUGGAUUGCCUACAUGCAAGAAGUGUCAAUGUGGCUCGAUGGUGAAUAUGAUUAUACGAAGAUUCGUGGUGCAACCGGGCCAUUGGUGUACCCAGCUGGGUUUCUCUACCUAUUUGGCGUAUUGAAGUGGUUGACAAAGGGUGGAGUUCUAAAGGCUCAAAUUGUGUUCUUGUUCUUCUAUUUGGCCACCCAAGCUUCAGUAUUUGCAUUAUACACAAUAACGCUGAGAAAUGGAUCCAGAAAGCGAACUGCCACUGAAGUCUGGUCGUUUCGAUUCGCCAUGGGAUGUCUAUGUAUAUCCAAGAGAUUUCAUUCGAUAUUCCUGUUGAGGCUCUUCAAUGACGGACCCACCAUGCUCGUGACCUACCUAUCCUUUCUAUGCUUCCUGACAAAACGGUGGAAUAUUGGUUGUCUUUUCUUUUCCUUUGCCGUAUCACUGAAAAUGAACGUACUGCUGUUUGCCCCUGGAUUGCUGUUUCUAUUGAUUCAAGAUUCUCCGAAAUGGACCAUACCUCGACUCGCCAUUUGCGGUGUCUCCCAAGUUCUCAUUGGAGCUCCAUUUUUGCUACGGCACCCUGUUUCCUAUCUACGCAAGGCCUUUGAAUUAGACCGAAAAUUCUUUCACAUCUGGACUGUCAAUCUCAAGUUUCUUCCAGAGGAUGUAUUUUUGUCCAAAACCGUGGCAAUCACUCUGUUACUCUUACACGUGGGAUUGUUGAUUGCUUAUGUCUACCAAUUAGUCAAAGCCUCGCGGCCUGUCAAUGCAGAAACAAUCUUGUCGACGUUGUUUGUGUCCAAUUUUAUUGGAAUCUGCUGUGCGAGAACUUUGCACUACCAAUUCUAUUCCUGGUACUUUUCGUCAUUGCCCUUUUUGCUGUGGAGGGAAACGCCCUAUCCCCUGCCGAUACGUCUUGUGCUUCUGGUGGCCAUUGAAUACGCAUUCUUGACAUUUCCGGCUACCGCCAAGUCAUCUGGCAUUCUACAGGUAGCUCAUUGGCUGAUACUGAUACCCUGCGUGUUGGUGAUGAGUCCAACAAAAACCAAAAAGCCCAAGACAGAAUAA